AUGUCUGGUUCUUGGAGGCACAAGUGCUUGCUCUUCACUCUUGUUGCUUUCAUUGUUCUCUCAGAAGCAUCAAGGUUGCCUAAGGACUGUUGGCAACAGAUGCUGCCCAAGAAGCUACCAACUCCUUCCUCAUCUCCCUCCAAAGGCACGAAUUCGGCGACUAAAUCUUCCUCCAAGUCCUUGGAAGCUCAUAGGAAACUCCCCUCAUCAGAUGGAAAAGUCUAG